GCGUGUGCAGCGGUUGCCGUGGAGACCAGAGAAGCGUUGGGCCGCCAACUAGGGGCCACAGCGAUCCCGAAGAACCGGGCUCCCACUGCUACGGGGUGUUCGGUGUUUCCGAAAUAAACAUGCACCCCGAGGCCUCAGAGCCUGUGGUGGACGGGGUAGCGGAGCAAGAGUGCGCGCAGGAGCCUGGUGUGGAGGAGUCGACUGGUGACCACGGGAACGCAGGCGAAGGUGGCCGCAAGGAAGAAAUGAAUGAUCCUAAGGAAACGUGUGUGGGUCCUUCGAACGCUUCCUGCCUCAGUGAGCAGAAGCAGAGUGGCGACAGCCGGUCAGGCGGUCGCUUAGCACAGCAAACAGCCGACAAGGAAGAUCGCGGCGCCAGAAUGACUAAAAAGUUUCUGCAAAAGCUUUGCAAGCAGCACAAGCUUUACAUUACCCCAGCACUGAAUGAUACGCUGUAUUUGCACUAUAAAGGCUUUGACCGCAUCGAGAAUCUAGAAGAGUACACGGGGCUGCGCUGCCUCUGGCUGGAGUGCAACGGCAUCCAGAAAAUCGAGAAUCUCGAGGCCCAGACGGAACUGCGCUGCCUCUUCUUACAAGUGAACUUGCUCCAUAAGAUCGAGAACCUAGAACCUCUGCAGAAACUGGAUGCUCUCAACAUCAGCAACAACUACAUUAAGACCAUUGAAAACCUCUCCUGCCUGCCAGUCCUGAACACACUCCAGAUGGCGCACAACCACUUAGAGACUGUGGAGGACAUUCAGCAUCUCAGGGAGUGUGCCAGACUCUGCGUCCUUGACCUUUCCCACAACAAGCUGAGCGACCCCGAGAUCCUGAGAGUUCUUGAGAGCAUGCCUGACUUGCGUGUGCUGAAUCUGAUGGGGAACCCGGUGAUUAAGAACAUCCCCAACUACCGAAGGACACUCACCAUCCGGCUAAAACACUUAACAUACCUGGAUGACAGACCAGUUUUUCCCAAGGACAGAGCUUGCGCAGAGGCCUGGGCCCGGGGAGGGUAUGCAGCUGAGAAGGAGGAGAGACAGCAGUGGGAGAUGAGAGAGCGGAAGAAGAUCACGGACAGCAUCGAGGCCCUGGCGGCCCUUAGGCGCCAGGCGGAGGAGAGGAAGCAGCAGAGAGCGAGCCAGGAGCGAGGGGAGGAGCCCACGCCAGCCGGUGCUGGGGACGUGGACGCCGAAGUGGAAGGAGAGGAAGAGCCUCAGGAAAAGAAGGAUACGAGGCAGAAGAUAGAGCAGUUUGUCAAGGAGAGCUUCGAGGCCAAGGAUGAGCUGUUCCCGGAGAAGCCAGAAGAGCCGAGCCUCCUGGAGGAGCUGCCUCUGGAUGUGGGGGAGCCGAAGGUCGUGCUCCCCCCUGAGGCCCUGCCAGCGAGCCCCAGAGCUGCCUGGGCAGAAUUGGCUCCCCAAACUGUGGCCACUGAAAGUGCAUCAGGCACAGAGCCCGAUGGAGCUGAAAAUCUGGAGGCCACAAGACUGGAGACAAAGGAGCAGCUCUUCAUCGACACGGGGAAACCGAGAAACAGAGUAGAGCACCUUGCCCAAGGCUACACAGCCAGACAAUGGUGGAGCAGGAACAGCCACCCAGGCAGGCUGGCUCUGGAGUCCAGGCAUCUGACUGCCUCACAAGCAGGUUGGGGUGCUACAGAUGAAGAUACCCCAAGACACAAAACAGGAAAGCGCCGCCUCCCCACCCCAGUUUUGGGAAAGGUUCGAAAGAGACUCACUUUGUGCCAGGACCUGCCCGACUUGGAAGAUGUGAAUGCCGGUGAAUCUCUGGGCGACCGGGAUAGGGAGCAGUGCUUUCCAAAGAUUACAGCCAUCUCGAGCCUGAGCGACGCCAGCGAGCCUGACAUGGAUGACAUCUCACUCCUAGCACUGGAAAACACAUCCUCGGACACGCUUUCCAGUAUAUUUGCAGUCCCCAAGGAUACCUCCUGGAGGGUGGAGACCGAGACGCCCUUCACAGACAUACUUAAAGUGGCACCAGAGAGGGACCUGGAAACCCAAAGGAGAGCGAGUGAGGUCCCUCGCCCGCUAAUUCAGGAGUUGGGCGAUGACGAGGAGCCCUCAGGACUGCCACCCCUGCCCCCAGUCUGCGAGGGGGAAGCCAUGCCUGCCCCAUGCACUGAGGACAGCGAUGGAGACCGGCUUCCAGCCCCCGCUCCAGGAAACGGCCCAGAGAAGGAUGAAGUCCAGUCUGAGGUGGAGCCCGAGGAGCGCCUGGGGUCCGAGGCAGGAGAAGACCGGGAGGACAUUGAAUUUGGCCUGGACUGAGCCUCUGCUCUUGUACCAGCAGGCACGGGCCCAGGCCUGACUCCUCAGCAGGGGUGGGUCACCCUUUCGCUUGGGCUCCCCUUCCCUUCCGAGAGCUGCGGUUGCCAAGGGCAUGGGCCCCAGUUCCCUUCUCCCAUGGGCACAGCUCUGUGCUCCCCGCGUUGCAAGCCUCUCACAAGCCCGGUCACUUGCAGGGGAAACCAUGUCACGGUAUAAACAUUUUAGCAUCCA